CUAAAUUUGAUUAUUUGUUUUUAAAAAAUUCCUAAAUCAAUUAUAAAUAAAUUGUUACAAAUUAAUUCAUUUUAUUCAAUAAUUUUGAUAAAUGUGUAGAAUAUUCAAUACUCAUCUUCAUACAUUAUUUUCCCAGUUUCCUCAUCGCAAACUUUAAAAUAUUAUAAAAUUAUACCACAAUAUAUAUGGCCGAAUGUAAAAGUAUUGCACAGUUCAAUUUAGAGUCACAGCCUGACUGUAUUAGGGUGUUCCCCUUUGAGAAUCCUUCAGAUUCUAUACUUUCCGGCUCCUUUGUAGUAGGUUGUUACCGCUACGAUGAACUUCGUAACCACAGAGAAGGAUGCCUCCUCUUUUUUAACCCUUCAAAUUACCUUAACCAUCUGUUGUCUGGAUUUUCUUUUCCUAAAAAGCCUGAACUUUACUACUUUGGUCAUGAUAUUGGUGGUAUUUUAUCCUGUUAUUGGACCAAAUUUGAUCAAGGCUACGCCAUUUCCUGUAUUUCUACCAAGUGUAUACUAGCUCAAUAUUCCAUCAAGUCAUCAAAUCCAAACUCAUCAGAAUCAGAUGGACACAAAUUUGAAAUUUCUAAAAUCAAUGAGAUAAAGUUAACAGGGGAUCCUCAUACAAUUCCCCUGUCAUUAUCAACUUUUGAUGACCAUGGCAGUUCAAUGUGUGUUACUUGCGAUACCGGUCACUGUUAUGUGGUUAGAAAUUCCGAAGUUAUAAACUGGCGAGCAUGCAAAUUUCAAACUUGGACAAGUUCAUUUCACCCUGAAAAUUCCAAUUUAAUCCUUACUGGUUCUGAUGAUUCUAAAGUACGAUUGUUUGAUCUUCGAUCUGGAUUUGAUCAAAUUGAUUCAUUUUCCUGUCACGAAUCGGGAGUUACAACAAUUCAGUUUUUGCCUCAAUCAACCAACUUAUUCUAUACUGGCGGAUUCGAUAAGGUUUUGGUUAAAUAUGAUUUCCGAAAACUUGUCACACAUGUUGAAUCACUUAAAACUACAACUCCAAUUUGGUAUUUGGACUUUAUAACCUAUAAAAAUGGCACUCUGGAAUCACUUCACGUAUCAGGAUGUCAUGAUGGAUCCGCUCUUUACAACACUUCAGGCGAGCUCAUUUCCACAUUCAAACCACCAAACUGUCUCAUCUACUCCACUUCUCACGUUAAACUCUCAUCAACGUUACUUACCUCUUGUGAUUUCUAUAAUAAAAGUCUUCAUUUCUACCUCUAAUUACACUAUUAAUAUACCAUGUAUUUUACACCA